AUGGUCAAGUGUAUUUGCCAAAUAUGUGUUUGCGGACGGCAUCACUGUCCCCAUCGGCCAGCCAAUAUUACAGGAAUGGGGGAUUUUCCGUGCCGUUUGACGGAGUACACAACUAAUUACAAAGAACACAAACUCGAUAAAGGGAUAUGUAUCAGGCCACAAGGGGAGCCAUUGCCGCAAGGUAACAUGGAGGAAAAGACUAUUUACAGAGUUGAUUAUCCGCCACAUGAGCCAAAGCCGCCGUGUCGGCAUCUGCCAGAAGUCUGGAAGAAGCCUCCGGGCAACAUUGACGGUCUCACUUCGUACAAGAAGGAUUAUACAAAUAAAAAGUCUAAACCAGCUCCAUCAAUGCGGCAAGAUGCCAGACCCCUUAACACAGGAAAGUUCCAUGGGGAUCCUACAUACUCUACCGAUUAUAAGCAAUGGGAGUUGGAACCACGAAGAAUACCCAUGGUUAAAGCCUGGAGUCCGCCAACCAACAAGAUGGAAGGCAAGUCAACAUUUACAAGAGAUUACUCUUAUAAAGAACCUCGACCUGCAGAAUCGUUCAAGCCAGAACCUAUGAGGCCAGCAGAAGGGUUAUUUGACGACAGCACCCGUUAUCGUGACGAAUAUAUCGAACAUGGUCUACCUGAAAAAUCUCCUCGAGAGAAACCGCUUUAUCGUUUACCGACUGUGCCUUUAGAUGGAUUAACUACAUUUAAAAGAGAUUAUCAAGAGAAAAAUAUUCCGCAAACAAAGAAUUAUGCUCCAGAUAAUACCUAUAAAAUACCGGAGGAACCAAUUGAUGAUCUAACGACAUUCAGGAGAGAUUAUCUUAACUGGCCGCCUAGCAUGCCUACGUUACACCAGCCAGAACCUUAUAAAAAACCGCCCGGCAAAAUGGACAAAGAUACGACACAUAAAUUGGCGUACCGUUACUUCCCGACGCCACCAGCACAAAAAUAUAUGCCAAAGACAAGUGCAACUGUUGGCGGAAAGUUUAAUGAUGAGUCGUCAUACAAUACAGAUUACAAACCAUGGAAAGUAGCACAACUACCAAUGAGGAAGCAGGAAUAUAUUCCGAAUACAGCGCCGUUUAAAGGUAUCUCAACUAUGAAAGCCCAUUACGUCCCUCAUCCUCCUGUAGAAACAAUGACUUGCAAACCAGAGUCAUCGUGGGAACAGGAUAAAGGUCCUCUUGAGGAUAAUACCAUGUACAGACUUGAUUACACUCCUAAAGAAGCUCCACUUUGUCCAGCCAUAUUCUUGGAUACGAACAUGACCCCGUACAGAUUUAUACGAGAAGAAGAAACAGGACAUAGAUUUUAUACGAGAAAUGGAGACUGA